AUGAAACUUUGCGAUCAUCUAGUGCCCCUUAUGAAGAACAUCUUUCCAGAUUCUCGAAUCGCUAAGGAAAUUCAAAUGGCACGAACCAAGUGUACCGGCGUGGUAAAAAAUGUUUUGGGACAAUGCUGCUUUGAUGAGCUCACUGAAGAACUAAGAAAGACAAGAUUUAGUUUUUUGAUUGAUGAGUCUACAGACAUAGGUACAGUAAAGAAUAUGUGUGUUUGUGUGAGAUACUUUUCUUUAAAGUUGAACAGAGUUACAACACGUUUUUUUAGUUUAGUCCAGUGUUUUUCUAGUAAAAAUGCUGAUGAAGCAAAUACCGGUGCUACGGCUGAGGCUUUGGUUCGGAUGGGUGCAAUACAAUUUAUACAAAAAUGUGUAUGCCAUUCACUACAUUUAUGUGCUAGUGAAGCAUGUAAAGUUCUGCCGCGAUACUGUGAAGAUUUAGCUAGAGACAUUUUUAAUUUUUUUAAACACAGUAGCAAACGACAGGCUCAGUUUCAAGAAUUUCAAGAAAUUUGUAAUAUAGAGCCCCAUAAAAUUUUGCGACCUUCGCAGACCAGUGGAUUGGACACAGACUGCUAG